AUGGCCAGUGUCAUUAGAAGAAGAAGCAAUGACAGAAGACACUCAGAUGUCUACCCAGCUCAGAAACGAAGAGACUCUUCUGAACGGAGCAGAGCCAGUGUUCAUAGUAAUUACAACAAUUCAACAGGAGGUCGGUCAACUGAUGAACAUCAAUACUAUGCCACCAAUGGAAACGCGACAUAUCAGACCAUGCCGCAUAUGACUAGAAGCAGAGAUUCCUUUGAACAGCAGCAGCAGCAGCAAUUACAACAACUUCAGCACCACCAGGUUGCUACACUGUACCAACAGCAACAAUACCAAUACCCAACAACAGCAAACCUGGCUCCCCCAAUGAUGGCCCAUCAUGGAGGCAUCUCCAAUACCAAUCAAUUCGCACAACCACAGCCUUAUCCUGCCAUGAAUCGUCCGAGUCACCCCAUGUACAACCUAAACAACUCGCAGAAUGGGCCAGCCUACGGGACUAGAAACAGAACAGUAUCCAAUAACACAGGUACUACUACAAUUGCCACCAGUGGCCGUAUUGCUGCCAACACUCUACUCAGGCCUAUGGCGAACACAUCCACCACCACUACUGAAGUGAUUGACUUGACCGGGUCACCCAGUAGCAGUGCCGUGCCCAACCCUCCAACAAGGAAGAGAAGGCGAGACCCAAACUCAUCACAACCACAUAAUCAACAUCAUCUAGCAGCAUCGACGUCAUCCAGGCCGUCAUCACAAUAUCAUGAUCAUUCAUCCAGUUAUCCAGAGUCUUAUGCAUCAACAGUAUCAUCUCAUCCUCAUCCAGUGCCUCUGCCAUUGCCUCCAUGUGAUGAUCCUGACGGCCACUUUGUUGUCAACAUCAACGAGGACUUGACACCACGAUAUAAGAUCUUAAGGUUGUUGGGCCAAGGGACAUUCGGUAAGGUUGUAGAAGCAUUUGACAAGCACAAGAAGAUGCAUGUCGCAAUUAAGAUUAUACGAUCCGUGCAAAAGUAUCGGGAUGCUUCCAAGAUUGAAAUCAAAGUCUUGCAAACCAUCAAGAGUCAUGAUCCUCAAAACAUCAAACGAUGCAUACACUUGAGAGAUGUAUUCGAUUACAGGAACCACAUUUGUAUGGUGUUUGAAGUCUUAUCGCAGAGUGUGUUUGACUUUUUAAAGGAAAACAAGUUCCUCCCCUUCUCGAUGGAUCAAAUACGGGACUUCGCACGCCAAAUCUUGGUUGCCGUAGAGUUCUGUCAUAGCCUCAGGCUUAUACAUACAGACUUGAAGCCAGAAAAUCUAAUGUUGGAGCAAAAUGCAUAUUCAGCAAGGCCAUACAAGAAAGGCACGAAUCCCAAUGGUCAACCAGUCUUGAGACGAGAGUUGAAUUCUACAUACCUUCGUCUCAUUGAUUUCGGAUCUGCUAUAUUUGAGGAUGAUUAUCACAGCUCGAUUGUCUCUACCCGACACUAUCGAGCUCCUGAAAUCAUUUUGAGUAUGGGAUGGUCUUAUCCAUGUGAUAUUUGGUCAAUUGGAUGUAUACUUGUAGAGUUCUUCACCGGGGAAGCUCUCUUCCAAACCCAUGACAACUUAGAACAUUUGGCCAUGAUGGAACAAACAUUGGGCAAAUUCCCUCCAGAGUUUAUUGCUAUGGUCCCGAACUCAUACAAGUACUUCAAGGGUGGCAAGCUGGAUUGGCCAAACCAGGAGGUUAAUCGAUCCAGUAAAGCAUUUGUACGAAAACUCAAUCCUCUAGAGGUAACAAUCAGACCAACAAGUAUUCCAACAAUCAGUAGCUUCUUGAGCCUGGUUCGACGAAUGCUAGAAUAUGAUCCAGCUCAACGAAUAACGGCCAGGGAAGCCCUAAAUCAUCCCUUCUUUACCGAAAACCAAGGAUUGAGGCAAAUGUGA